CUUUUUUCGCUACUAUUUCGUUUUAUUUUACUUUAUCAUUUCAUUUUCUUCACAACAUUUUUAUUAUUUAUUAUUUAGCUUACUAUUAUUUUUCUCAUACCUUAUUUGACCAUAACGCCUUUUAUAUAGAGAUGCGUGCCGUUUAUCUUGUGCACGCUUUAUCAUACUGCUUGUGCGCGCUUGCUACAGUGGCAGCACAGGACGAUGUGCUGUCUCUGGCUGAAAAAUCUUCGGCAAAAGGCAGCUCAGACAACAGCAAAAGCAGCGACACGUCUGCUAUAAGCAAAACAACCAAAAUUAUUGACUCCCAGUACGAUGGAGUGUUACUAGUCGGUUCAAAGCAAACAUCCUGCAGUGUGGCCAUGCAAACCGGAGUUUAUGGAUUUGUGGCCGCCAACUGCAUAGUCGACAGCAGUACCAACAAAACUAUGGACGCAUCUAGCUUGGGUAUAGCCCUCCACGGCCCUGAUACGUCCGUCCUUCUAAACAUCUCUGGGGUUACGGUGCACCCUAACUUUGACGCUCAGACGCUGGCCAACAACGUUGCUGUGGUUCAGUAUGAAAGCCCCAUUGUCACUAUAAUACACUCUACAAGCAAUAGCGAAGCAAAUAACAUAUCCGGAUACAGCAUUAAUGGAACGACGAGCUCGGAAUCCCUUGGGUUUAUGCGCCGCUCGCUGUCCAGCGUGGAAAGUCUUACGUGGAACCCACUCCAUAUGGCCAAAAAGUCAACUUCCAAUAUUCCAGAGGCAAUUUGCACGACGGGCUCGGCCAUCUACGCCGCAAAUGCCGAUGCCAUGAUUUGCAGCAACUCAACUGUGCCAGCAUUAGCAUCAGACAACCCAGAGUGCUCAAUUCCGCUGGGUAUGGCAUACAGAAUAGUAAAGUCCAAGAGCGCCGCUCCCGCUGCAAUUUACAGCCACACUGCAGUAUUUGGCGGCGACCUGUGCAGCUACAAUGAAAAGGCGCAUUACUACACGCGGCUCAGCAAUUAUCUUGACUGGGCUGCUAGCGUUUCUGGAAGCCAACCUGCAGCUGCAGCAUCAGGCGCGGUAAAGAAUGUAAUAACAGCCGAUAGUACGAGCUUUGUCAUGGUUCCGGCAGACCCCGAUGCUCUGAAAAUCAACGUUUACGGCGGCAAUCUGUACUCGUAUAUAAAUGCACCCGCUGCAGACAGCAAUGGAGCAGCUGGCUCGGUGAGUCCAACCAAGACUGUGACUGUGCAUACUACAUCAACCAUUUACAUCGUCGGGAAUCCACCUGCAUCGACUGGUGGGGUGCCGACAACAGAGUCUUCUGCAUCUCCAUCCGCUGUUGGCUCGACUAUUCUCCCAACUUCCGCUUCUUCUACUAUUGAUCCUAUUGAUUCUACUACAACGCCGCCUGUUUUUGCCAGCUCUUCUGGCGAGACAUCAGACACAAUUUCUGGCUCUGGUGAUUCAAGUGAAGAUAGUAGCUCAACAGAAACUGGCGGCCUUGACGGGCUAGACAACACCAACUCAACGACAUCUCAAUCUCAAUCUCAAUCCAAAUCAGCUAGCACUUCUUUCAUCUCGACGCUAAACACAAGCAGAAACAGCGACGAUGACGAAUUCGGUAUGGGCGAACUUAGUGACGAUGAUUCCUCAUCCAGCUCAUCUCUCGAUGAUUCCGCUGCCAACAACGACCAGGCCACAGCUGGCUCAAUGUCCAUGGGCGCGAGGAUUGGUAUUAUUGUUGCCGUUCUGCUUGGAAUCGGUGCAGUGGGUGGUGCAAUCUGGUAUUAUCGCAAGCGCAAAAAUACAACGAGAAACUACAUGAAUUAGAAAGCGUUGUUUCUAUUAAUUUAAUAUUGGACAAUCUAUUCAGCCAGAAAGCUUGUAUAUAUUAUUUCAUUUACAAAGUUUAUAAAAUAUGGAAUAUAGAAUAUAGGAUAUAAAAUGCCCUAUAACGAAAGGAUGUUUUGCGGGUUAUUGAGACACAUCCCAAUACCAUUAUUUUAGUGAAACGCAGGGGUAUGCUAUGUUUAUAAGGUUCAUUGUUUCGUCGAAACGUCAUUGUC